AUGGGAAAACGAAAGUCUUCCUCUGCCCCCGCCAAGAAGGUGAAACAAACGCUGGCAACCCAGUUUGCAUGCCUGUUUUGCAACCACAACGACUCGGUUGUGUGUUCAAUGGACAAGAAAAUGGGCAUUGGCAGCCUAUCGUGCAAGGUGUGUGGCCAGUCGUUCCAGGCCAGCAUCAACGCUCUGUCUGCGCCUAUCGAUGUCUACUCCGAGUGGAUCGACGCCUGUGAGGCUGUUGCGGAGCAGGAGAAGAACAAGGAUGACGAGUUCAUUGAGAAGGACGGAGGCUAUGCUAGUGACGACGACCACGUGCCCAAGGAGGAGGACGAUGAGUUUUCCGAUCUUGAGUAA